CAAAGUUCAUUGGAGACCUUCCGUACCGUGCACGAUCUUUUGAGUUACAUCAGAUUUCGAAGUCAGUAGACGCGCCUUGCUGUGUUGGAGUUGUGUGUUUCCGCGUGAUUGUUAAUAGUUUAAAUUACAGUGUUAGCCGUACGUAACAUUGAAAAAUUCUUCAAUCAUGAGGUUGUGGACGUCACAUCACACUUUUGAUCAUCCAUGGGACACAGUAGUGAAAGCAGCAUGCAGAAAGUAUCCGAACCCUUUGAAUCCAUCUGUUCUGGGAACAGAUGUCAUCGAUAGAAAUGUCAAGGACGGUGUCCUUUAUUCUCACAGAUUAGUCACAACACAAUGGCGUUUUCCUACAUGGAUAUUACCGUUCUUUGGACAUCGAGGACCAUACUAUGCUAGCGAAUGGAGCGAAGUCAAUCCAGAAUCUAAAGAGAUGGUGGUCAGGACGGUAAAUAUAAGCCUAGGCAAGCACGUUUCGGUUGGUGAAGUAGUUACAUAUUCACCACAUCCAGAGAACCCGGAUACAACGCUCCUCACUCAACAGGCAGUAAUUUCUAUCCAAGGCGUACCUCUUAUUGAUCACCUGGAGAGGCUACUGACAAUGACCAUCGAACAAAAUGCAAAUAAGGGACGGCAAGCCGUGGAAUGGGUCAUCGAGAAGCUGCAAUCUGAAGUAAAAGAUAUCGCGUCUUCCGCCGCGAAGUCUACAGACGAUUUGCUUAAUCAAACGCGUCGUCAGUUCGACGACAUCACGAAUAUUACAAAACAGGGCAUGGAAGAUAUUCAGAAUGUAGCGAAAAAAUCAUUUGAUGAAUUUCAGAAUUUGACUGUACCCCCACCAUCUCAGUCGAUACCGAAAUUAUAGCUAAUAUAUCACGUUAGCUUCAAUCUCUUUAACUAAUGCUAUGUAGAUCUUCGAUGGAACGAUUGUACGUGAAAUAAAAAGUAGUUCGACGUGAAACAAUUCCCUUUUUCGGGUUUUCGUGCGGACCAUUCCAGAAGAAUGAGAAUAAUUAAAUAAAUAAAUUUCUGUAUUACUGCCUAAUAAUUAUGAAGUCAUUGUACAAUGACUGAAUGAUUUAUUUUACACAGGUGUAAUUAAUUUAGAUUAUUUUAGAGAGUGCAGUAGAAACAAAGUAUUCAAGUGAAUGUUUCGUGCAAGUAUCAGAAAUAUUUUUAGAACGUAGAGAAAAACUAAACCAAUAGCAAUAGUUAUCGAAUGUGCAAACAGAAGUAGAUACAUAUGUGUGUCGAGGUAUCGUAAACGAACGGACCAGUGAAAGUACAAACUUAUGUUUGUUCAGUAAUCUGUACACGAAGGGGAAUAUAUUGCGUCGCCAAUCGUUCCACGGAAGUGGCUUUAGUAAAAGAGGAUGUAGCUGCGGCAAAAGAUGAAAGUGUUUAAGUGAAAUGUUUGACAACAUCGCUAUUUAAUACUGACGAUUUUUUUGAUCUAUUAUAAAGCUUUGUCAAACGGAAGCAAACCCCUUAAACAGAAUAACCAAAAAACGUAUGAACGCAUAGUAUUUGCAAGGUAAAUAUAAUGUCUGUGUUGUGUACGAGAUUCGAUGCUCGAUAAACAUUUACGAUGCACUUAUCUAUCUCUUUAGUUUUAUUAUCGUUUGAGUGUAACUCAUGUCGAAUACUUUAGGACAAUGAUGUCACUCGUUUAUGCACUUUAAAGCGUGCUUAAGCCCGGUAUAUACUUCAUAGCCCGGUAUUUAAGUUUAAUUUUCGCUGUGUCGCAAGUAAUAUCAACCAAACUUAUUUUUCCCAUGGAUGCUAAGUAACUGGUUUAAUUAUUUAACUUAAUAAUAACUAUUUUCACGCGAAGCUUAUGCAGUAAUUACAGUGAUAUAGUCGAACAACUUAGAAAGUCAAACGAAAUUUAAAUUAUAAAAUGACGCAGCAAUAUGCAUAUACAUCAAGUAUUGUAACAGUUAGUGCACAGAUUUCCAUGUCAAUUGAUCUGAAUGACAGCUCGGGUUCGUCUACUCAUCUACUCAAAUAAUGUUAAACAGUAAACCCAAACGCUGAAAUAUACCUACUUUUAAAGCAA